UUCAAAGCAAUGGAAUCAACAGUUGCUAAGAAGGAGCCAAUUUAAGUGGGUGGGUUGUGACUUUCAUGACCACCCCUUUGGAAUUCUAUAGUUAUGUUCAGUAACUACUUCAUCAACUGCCUAAAAUCACACCAAACCAAAAAAAAACUGUCCCUCAUUGCACUGCCUUUGUCAAUUCUCAAUCUCUGUCCUUUCCAUUCACACACAACAACUAAAUCUGAAAACCUUAAUGAAGUUUUCAUCAAUUCAAAAGUGCAAACACUUCUUUCUUUGUUCAAACACUGUUCCACAAUGAAACAUGUAGAGCAAAUUCAUGCCCAUGUUAUACAAACUGGCUUUGCUCAAAACCUCUUCGUUGUAGGCAAAAUCAUUGCCUUCUGUGCCAUUUCUGAGCGAGGUUCAAUGGAUUACGCUGUCUCGGUUUUUGAAAAGAUCGAAAACCCAGAUGGGUUUCUCUGGAACACAAUAAUUAGAGGAUUUGGGAGGACAUGUCAAGUGGGAAAAGUUUUUGAGUACUAUAACAGAAUGCAAGAGAGAGGAGAGGUAGCAGACAACUUCACUUUCUCUUUCUUGCUCAAAGUUAGUGGGCAGUUAGGAUCACUUGUAUUGGGAAAGCAAAUACAUUGUAAUACUCUUAAACAUGGUCUAGAAACUCAUGUCUAUGUGAGGAAUACUCUCAUUCACGUGUAUGGCAUGUUAAGGGACAUUGACACUGCACGCCAACUGUUUGAAGAAAUGCCCAGCUCAAACCUUGUAGCUUGGAAUACAAUUAUUGAUUGCCAUGUGAAUUGUGGGGAGUAUAAGAAAGCACUUGAGCUGUUUUGGCGACUGUUGCAACUCGGCGUAGAACCUGAUGAGGCCACAUUGGUUGUGACCCUCUCGGCAUGCUCUGCAUUGGGGGCAUUGCAUCUUGGGAGGUGGGUUCAUUCAUUUAUUAACCAACAUACCUACAUUGACAUUGUUUCGGUCUCUAAUUCACUGAUCGACAUGUAUGCAAAGUGUGGAGCGGUUGAAGAAGCAUAUGGGACAUUCAAUAAAAUGAAUCAAAGGAACAUAGUGUCGUGGAAUACGAUGAUUUUAGGGUUGGCAAGGCACGGUCAUGCAGAUAAGGCACUGCAACUCUUCUCGAAAAUGUUAGAAGAGAAGCUUCAGAAGCCAAAUGAUGUCACGUUCUUGGGAGUGUUGAGUGCUUGUAGCCAUGGAGGUCUGGUUGAAGAAGGGAGAAGGUACUUCGAUAGCAUGAUGAAGGACUACAAUGUCCAGCCAACCAUACAGCAUUAUGGGUGCAUGGUGGAUAUUUUGGGUCGAGCUGGGUUCGUGGAGGCGGCUUAUCAGUUGAUAAAGAGCAUGCCAAUAGACUGCAAUGCCGUCGUAUGGAGGACUUUAAUGGCUGCAUGCCGGUUGCAUGGAAAUGUUGAAUUGGGGGAGCAGGUGAGGAGACACCUUUUGGACUUGGAACCAGAUCACAGCAGUGACUAUGUUCUUCUUGCAAACAUGUAUGCAAGUGCAGGCCAGUGGAGCGACACGAUGAAAGUGAGAAAAUCAAUGAUGGACAGGGGAGUUCAAAAGCCAAAACCUGGUUAUAGCAUCAUUGGUAUUCAUCACAAUACGAGGUUAAGGAUGGAUACAGACCACCAAUCCAGCUUCCCUUUAUAGGAAGUCUCACACUUACGCUAGUUACAUUCAAAUGAUCAUUAUUUGAUCCACACCACAGAGAGAAAUCAAAGUAGAGUGAUAUUCAUGAACUCUGAUUAAGAAGUUGAGAAGAUCUUAUUAAUAUUUCAUGUGUGUACACGGAUUGGUAUUGCACAAUCCACUUCCUCUCUUUGUUUACAGAAACUUAGCACAAACAGUGAUCAUUUUUUUUUUUUUUGGCAAGUACAAA